AUGACAACCCUCUUUCCGACCACCCCGCUCGGCCCAGCCGUGGCCGACCUGUCCCCAGCACUUGCCCCCUCUAAGCAAACCCGCCUCCAGGGAAAAUACGUGGCGCUCGAGCCCUUGGACACGGAAAAGCACGCCGCAAGCCUUUACCGUGCGCUAUCAGAAGAAGAAGCCAGUGCGUGGCCCGGGUGGGCGUAUCUCGCCGCGGGACCGUUUGCCAGCGAGGCAGAGUUCACGCAGCAGAUCCGGGCGUACAGCGAGGGCAGCGGGGACCCGUUCUUCUACGCCGUCAUCACGACGCCAGCUGGCUCCGCGGUGGGCUGGAUAUCCCUGCUCAACGUCGAGACGGCGCACAAGAGCGUCGAGGUCGGCCACGUGGCCUUCUCGCCGGUCCUGCAGCGCACGGUCGAGUCCACAGAGGCGUUCUUCCUGCUCAUCCGGCACGCCUUUGAGGCCCUGGGGAACCGCCGCGUGGAGUGGAAGUGCGACACGCUCAACGCGCCGAGCCGCCGGGCCGCGGAGCGGCUGGGCAUGAAGCCCGAGGGCGUGUUCAGGAAACACCGUAUCCUGAGGGGGCGGAGCCGCGAUACGGCGUGGUUCUCGAUUGUGGACGACGAGUGGUCUGGUGAAGCGGAGGAUGGGAAGCGACAGGGGCUGAAGGCCAGUUUUGAGGAAUGGUUGCGGGACGACAAUUUUGAUGAGAAUGGGAGGCAGAAGAGAAGUCUGGAGCAAGUACGGGCUGAUAUUUAG